AUGCUUUCGAUAAGACCACUAGCAAUCUCCUUCCCAAUCUCAUCCAUUACGUCCCCCAUCAUAUUGAACUCACCUCUUCUCUAUAUUUAUCAAGAUUUCCUGGUCACAGUUCAAGUCUUUAGAGGUCACGUUGAUCUUCAGAUAUAUCGAGGUACUAAAAGAGAAACCGUGGCGCAGCACACCACCCCCAAGGGAGAUUUGAACCGUUGCUAUAUAUACGCCCAAUAG